AUGGUCAAGGGAACUAUUGCGCUCCUGGCAUUGGCUGCCCCGGCUCUUGCUGGUGUCAUCCAGGGUCGCGGCGGAGAGCCCGACAACAAGAAGCCUGCCACUACCAAGAAACUUGUUCUCACCACCGAACCUCCCCGCACCAUCACCAAGACCACUACCUAUGUGACUACUGAGUGCCCGGAAACCACCACUGUUGUCACUUCUGGCAACAAGACUCUCACGGUCCCCAUCACUCUCACCAACACCAUCACUGUGACCACCACAUGGUGUGAGGAACAGGGCAAGACUGUGGUUCCCACCGGCAAGGAGCCACUGCCCACCGGCGUGAAGCCCCAGCCCAAGCCCAACCCUACUGGUACUGUCUUCCCUGUCAAGCCCACUACCAGUCACGGCACUGCUCCCAUCAAGCCCACUACCAGUCACGGCACUGCUCCCAUCCAGCCCACUACCAGCCACGGCACUGCUCCCAUCAAGCCUACUACCAGUCACGGCACUGCUCCCAUCCAGCCCACUACCAGUCACGGCACUGCUCCCAUCCAGCCCACUACCAGUCACGGCACUGCUCCCAUCCAGCCUACUACCAGCCAGGGCACUGCCCCUAUCACUGGCACUGGGCUUCCCCCGGCACCUUUCCCCACCCACAGCAUCCCUACAAACGGCACUGUCCCUACCACCAAGCCUGGUCCUUUCCAGAACACCACCAGCAUUCCUAGCGCGACCCAGCCUGUGCCUGUUGGUCCAGGUCUUUCGACCACUGUGCCUUCGACCCCUGGAUCUCCCACUGGUGUUGUCCCCGUUGUGCCCGGCGGAUCUACCUCGUCUACUCCUGGCUCUUCCACCCCCGGGCAACCUGGUUCCUCUGCUCCCGCCCAGCCCGCCUCCUCGACCCCUGGUGGCUCCUCUCCCGCUGCUCCUGGCUCAUCCAGCCCUGUUAUCCCCGGUGCCUCUUCUCCUGCUGCUCCUGGCUCAUCUAGCCCU